AUGGUCAGCUCCUGCUGUGGCUCCGUCUGCUCUGACCAGAGCUGUGGCCGAAGUCUCUGCCAGGAGACCUGCUGCCGCCCCAGCUGCUGCCAGACCACCUGCUGCAGGACCACCUGCUGCCGCCCCAGCUGCGGCGUGUCCAGCUGCUACAGUCCCGUCUGCUGCCAGCCCACCUGCCCUCGCCCCACCUGCUGCAUCUCUAGCUGCUGCCGCCCCUCCUGCUGUGGGUCCAGCUGUGGUUCCAGCUGCUGCAGGCCUACCUGCUGCAUCUCCAGCUGCUGCAGGCCCCAGUGCUGCCAGCCUGUCUGCUGCCAGCCCACCUGCCCUCGCCCCACCUGCUGCAUCUCUAGCUGCUGCCGCCCCUCUUGCUGUGGGUCCAGCUGUGGUUCCAGUUGCUGCAGGCCUACCUGCUGCAUCUCCAGCUGCUGCAGGCCCCGCUGUUGCCAGUCUGUGUGCUGCCAGCCCACCUGCUCCCGCAUCUCCAGCUGCUGCCGCCCGAGCUGCUGCCUGCGCCCAGUGUGUGGCCGGACCUGCUGCCAGCCCAGCUGCUGCAGGACCACCUGCUGCCGCCCCAGCUGCGGUGUGUCCAGCUGCUGCCGGCCAGUCUGCUGCCAGCCCACCUGCCCUCGCCCCACCUGCUGCAUCUCUAGCUGCUACCGCCCCUCCUGCUGUGUUUCCAGCUGUGGUUCCAGCUGCUGCAGGCCUACCUGCUGCAUCUCCAGCUGCUGCAGGCCCCAGUGCUACCAGCCUGUCUGCUGCCAGCCCACCUGCCCUCGCCCCACCUGCUGCAUCUCUAGCUGCUGCCGCCCCUCUUGCUGUGGCUGCUGCCGCCCGAGCUGCUGCCUGCGCCCAGUGUGUGGCCGGGUCUCCUGCCACACCACUUGCUAUCGGCCCACCUGUGUCAUCUCCACCUGCCCCCGCCCCGUGUGCUGCCCCUCCUCUUGCUGCUGA